AUCGGCUGACAACAAACAAGUAGCUAUUUCCUAAUGAGUUACAGUGACCUUUGACCUCCGCAAAAUGGCGGACAUUGCUCUCAGGCCUGACUUUUGAAUGAUCAUGUUGUAACUUCUUGGACAGAGAAAGUGGAACUCAAGAAGCAAGCCCAUACUCUUAGAAGGAAUUCUAGGAAAAUCUCAGGUUCAGAAAGACAUCAGUUCAAGAUGAUGGGCAAAUUGAUUGCCUUAGCUAUAGUGUCCACCAUUGCCGCAAUUUUUGCACAGAUCGAACUGAGUAAUGACCCCUUAGUGGUCACCAAAGAUGUGGUCAUCAAGAAGAAUCGGUCAGAAGUUUUCGGCUAUGUGUCCAAUCUCAGGACAUAUCCAUCGUGGUACCCAGGGCUUGUAUGGUUGCAAGAAGUGGAACAUUCCAGCAUGAAGCCAGGAAAGAGAUUUGUCGGGGCCUACUGGGUACCAAUCAUUGGGGAGCUGAACGAAAAUUUUAAGGUUGUAGCAUAUGUAGAAAACAAGAAGCUGGCAUUUGAGUCAGACUUCUUUGCCCACCAACCUCGGAUUGUCAUGACCUUCCAAGAUGAAGGAAAUGACAGGACCCGCCUGACAUGGAAAAUGUUCACCCAGAGAAGAAGCUACUUCUUUUUUGGUACGUUUUACCAGAUAUUUAAGUACACUCUGGACCAGCGUGUGACUGGUGCACUUCUCACCCUCCGAGGGAACCUCCAAGGGGAGGGGAACGUGUUCGGCAUAUGAGACGAGGUGUCAGAAUCCAUCCAUCCGUGCAUGCCAAAGUGUGGGUUUGUGAACGUCUGCUACAAAAAGGUGUGACUAAUUGUAUGUAAAUAAUAUGUGCUGGCUGUAAAUGUUUUUUGCAAGGUACUAAACAGAAUGUGUUAAAUAUUUAAGUCAAUUGCAAUU